AAACACACACACACACACAAGAAGAAACAAGAAGAUUCGAUUGAAGGUAAAGAUAUUAAUCAAGAAAAAAUGUUGCUAGUGACUGUUUUGGCUGAGAUGAUGAAAGAGUACACGGUGGUGCUGGCCGGAGUUCUGGAGCAUCUCUUCUCUCAAGCACCUUUUCCUAGGAGAUUCCGACUUCAUAUUCUAUACUCUCUCCCUUUUCAUAACUCUAGUUCCGCUCCUCUCACUCUUCUCCUUCCUUCUCCUCCCCCUCCUUAUUAUUCUCGUUCUUCUUCUACAUAAUAAUGUUUUUUUUCUUUCUUUGACUCUUGAGCUUUCUGUGUAAAUAAAGAUCUUUAUCUAUAUUAAUGCAUCCUUUUGUUUCACAAGUGCUUUUUUAAUUUGUUGAAUUAUUCUGGAACGUUUGAAGGGGUUUGAUGGUGAACGUUAUCAUUAUCGUGGACUUGAUCUUGGUCAAAGAAUUGAGAAGAAGAAGAAGAAGAAGACUCUGUUUUGCCGACUUUAUCUUCUUCUAGUAAAAUAUUAGACGAGAGACAAACAUUUCUUUUAGAAGGGUCUCACAAUGUCGAAUUAGUAGUUGUUGUCUUUGUAUAAUAAUCAAGAGAUGGUCCAACCAAAAAGACAAAAAAAGCUGCUUACUCGGUUCUAUUGUCUAUUUCCAAUCGAGUUUAUCUAAUCAUAUCAAUGUGGAGUACUGGUACUUUUGGACCAGGGAAGCCUUCAAUUC